GUGAGUAUUAAUCACACAUUGUGUUGUCCGUCGGAGUGGUACAUCCUUAGCUUAUGGCUUCAAAGAGAGAGCAAGACUCUUUCUACUCCAGACAUGAGUAUGUGCCUCUUCCUAUGCCAUGCCAUGACAAUAUGGCAUCAAGUCCAAAGCUUGAGGAUGAGCCGGAGAAUGAGCCAAACAAGCUGAUUAUGAAGAGGCUUGUGAUCCGGUGCUGGCAGGAGUCCAGGUUGCUCUGGCGACUCGCCUUCCCGGCGCUCCUCACGGAGGUGUUCCAGUUCUCCAUCGGGUUCGUCACCACCGGCUUCGUCGGGCACCUCGGGGAGGUCGAGCUCGCCGCGGUCAGCGUCGUCGAGAACAUCUUGGAUUCCUCCGCCUAUGGGUUCCUGCUGCGUGUAGUUUGGCAUGGGCAGCGCGCUGGAGACGCUGAGCGGGCAGGCCGUCGGCGCCGGGCAGCUGGAGCGGCUGGGCACCUACACGCAGCAGUCGUGGAUCAUCUGCGGCGCCACCGCGGCGGCGCUCGCUCCGGCGUACGCCUUCGCCACGCCGAUCCUCCACUCCUUCCUCCGCCAGCCCGCCGCCGUCGCGCGUGCCGCCGGGCCGUACGCCCGGUGGGCGGUGCCGCGGCUGUUCGCGCACGCGGCCAACAUCCCACUCCUCAUGUUCUUCCAGGCGCAGAGCAGGGUCUGGGUCGUGGCGUCCAUCUCCGGCGCGGUCCUUGGCGUGCACGCCGCGCUCACCUACGUCGCCGUCAGGCGGCUCGGGUUCGGCCUGCGCGGGGCGGCCGUCGUCGGGGACGUCUCCCACUGGCUCGUCGUGGCGGCGCAGUUCGCGUACAUGGCCGGCGGCCGAUUCCCCGACGCGUGGAAGGGGUUCACCGCCCGUGCGUUCAACAACCUCGGUGCUUUCGUGAAGCUGUCACUCGGGUCCGCCGUCAUGAUCUGGUUUGUAGUUUCCGUCGACAUUGCCAGGUUCUUUCAGGAUUUAAAUUGUUUAAUUUCUUCAUCUAGUUUACGGUCUCAUUCAUUCUUUUGCCUGUUGCACGAGUGUUGGGCUUGUUUUCUUGUGCGUGUAGUCGAUAGAAAACUGUUGACCUUUAAUUUUUUUAUUAGCUUGGAGUUUUGGUACUACACCACACUUCUCGUUCUCGUAGGCCUCCUUAAACAUGCCAAACUCCAACUGGAUAUCAUGUCUGUCUGCCUGAACUACGAGUUCAUGACUAUAAUGGUUGCGCUGGGCUUCAGCACGGCAGUCGGCAUAAGGGUGUCGAACGAGCUGGGUGCGAACAGGCCCAAGGAGACAAAGUUUGCAGUGGUUGUGUCGGUAUCGACAUCCAUCUUCAUGGGCGCAAUCUUCAUGGGCGUCUUCCUUAUUUGGAGGACAAGCUUGCCAAAGUUCUUCAGCGACAGCCACGAGGUGAUACAUGGAGCUUCCAGAUUGGGGUACCUUCUUGCUGUGACCGUAUUCAUGAGCAGCAUCUGGCCUGUGCUAUCAGGUGUGGCAGUAGGAGCAGGGUGGCAAGUGCCUGUGGCAUUCAUAAACGUAGGUUGUUACUACUUAGUGGGCAUUCCGUUGGGUAUCCUGUUUGGCUUCAAGCUAAAACGUGGCGCAAUGGGCAUAUGGAUGGGCAUGAUGAUAGGCACAUUUCUCCAGAUGGUUAUACUUUUUGCCAUUAUCUUCACAACAAAGUGGGAGAAACAGGCUGUUCUUGCCGAAGCGAGGAUGUUACAGUGGGGAGGAAAGAAUGAGAAGCUACCACUGAUGAAAUCUCCACCAGCAGAUGAUCAGAUGGUUCCAGCAGAAGAUGACGAAAUGUUGGCGCAGGGAAGCCAGAAGAACAUAGAAUUCGUUCGCACAGACUGAUCACAGAAUACAUUGGUUUUAGUUCUAUACAAUACUUAUUUAUCAUUGUUUGCUAGGGUGACUGAGUCUGACUAUUUAGGCAAGUGUUUCUUUUAUUUCUUUCGAUACAUUAGCACAUAGUAUUACUCUUCAUAUAUCGAGGAAUUUAUUGAUGAAACAGAAUUUCAUGAUCUACUCUAUAUAAUAUAAUGAGUAAAAUGCACAGAGGUCCAUUAA